GUCGCCUCCAAUUCAACCUCUCUGUUCUUUUCCGUUUCUUCCUCGACUAAAUCUCUGCUCUCUCGAUCUCAGUCUCGUUUAUUCCAAUUACACGGCAACUACUCCCCUUUUCUGCUCUCUUCCCAUUUAUUCGACCUAUGGCAGAGCCAGCAAGCACGCUUCACGUCGUCGUCGAUAUCCCCAUAGCGGAAGCUGCCGCGAUCGAACACCAUCCUCUGACCUAAAUCUCCCAAGCCCUAGCCACCACCACCACCUCCUCCUCCUCUUCAUCCUCUACCUCUAGCAUCGGCGCUCGAGUCUCAGAUGGAAGGGCUCAAGCGCGAGGCCCUCGAGCUCUGCGGCCUCUUCUUCCACGGCCUCUUCCUCAGCCCCCUCUUCACUUCAUCCGUCGCCGCCGACCAGAGCCGGCGACGCGCCUGCGGUGACCGGUGGGUCCCUCCCCCUAUCUCGUAACCAAUUUCCUUCUCUGCUUGACCGGAAUACUCUUCCCGGCGUCCAAGUUCAUUCGCUGCGACCGAGAUGGUGUUCUUGAGAUCAAAUCGAGGGUUUGUUCUUGAAGCCUCCUGGCCCCUCUCUCCACCAGCCGAUCCUGGAGCGCCGUAGGCCAUCGAGAUCUCGCCAGGAUCCGUAUCUCCGAAGACCCGAACCUGGCCAGUUUCUGCCGCCGAUCUCGCCGGAACCAUGUCUUCCGGCAGGUACAUGGCCUACUCCCCUUCCCCCUCCGGCAUCCGCUCAUCCGCCAGCGCCUUUGCCGAGCAGGAGAAGUAUCUCUCAGAAUUACUGGCCGAGCGCCAUAAGCUGAGUCCUUUUAUGCCAGUGCUUCCACAUAGUUAUCGUCUACUGAACCAGGAGAUAUUACGUGUUACAAUGCUCUUGGGAAAUGCAUCUCUUUUAGACCAAAGUGGGCUUGAACAUGGUAGCCCAAUGACUACUGGAGGAUUGCUUUCAAAUGGAGGGGCAACUGAGAUGAAUGGGUGGGCAUCAGCAUUUCAGUCUGAAGGGUUGGGGUUGAUACAACCUUCAUCUGCACAUGGUUGGCUUGGCUCUCAAAGUAGUGCCUCUGGUCUCAUUGUGAAGAAAACUAUCAGGGUCGAUAUACCUAUAGACAAAUACCCUACUUAUAACUUUGUUGGGCGGCUCCUUGGUCCUCGUGGAAACUCCCUAAAGCGAGUGGAGGCAAAUACUGACUGCCGUAUACUUAUAAGAGGGAGGGGAAGCAUCAAAGAUUUAGCCAAGGAGGAGAUGAUGAGAGGGAAGCCAGGAUAUGAACAUUUGAGUGAGCCACUUCAUAUACUGGUAGAGGCUGAGCUGCCAGUAGAAAUUGUUGAUGCUCGUCUGUUGCAAGCUCGUGAAAUACUUGAAGAUUUGCUAAAGCCUGUGGAGGAAUCACAUGACUUCUUUAAGCAGCAGCAACUGCGAGAACUUGCCAUGAUCAAUGGCACUCUUCGUGAUGAAGGGACACACAUGUCGGGUUCCGUCUCCCCCUUCCACAGCAGUCUCAGUAUGAAAAGAGCCAAGACUAGGGAGUAAAAUGGCUGCUGUUUGGUAGGCCCUCUAUAGAGGACCAUAUUCUGUCCACCUGUGGGAUUGCUUGCCGGCGACUGACCGCUGCAUUGCCAUCGGCGGCAUUCACACCGAGGCUGGCCGUACUUCACUUUCGUCGGUGUGUUUUCUUCGAUCGUUGAGUUUAUUGGUAUUGUGCAAUAUCGAAUGUGAGAUAUGUUAAAGGGAUUUUAUAUUAGGAAAAACAUUGGUUUUGGAAGAUCCUUAAAAAUGUUACUGUGGUAGUUUCUGUAUGAUGACUUGUAUUCUUUUAUUAGAUAACUUGCUGCAUUAUAGAAACUUCUCAUUAGCACACA